GUGCACCCGAGCUGGCAAUAGUGCGCGGCGGGGAAUCUGGCACCAGUGUCCCUGAUGUUUUGGUUGAGAGGCGCCGAAGGAGGAGGAGGCUUGCAAUAUGGCAAUGUAUCUGUGUUGUUUCCGGCAAUUGUGUGGCACCUCACCCAGGGCGAGUGUGCCCAUUAAGACCACGCCCACUAUUAUCCUCGACACAGGCUAUAUGGGCCAUGAAGUCGUGAUUGUAAAAAAUGGCAUCAGGAUCUGUGGAACAGGUGGAGCAUUGGGUAACAUACCAAUCCUACAGAACAAAGCGUAUUUCGAAGUGAAGCUCCAGCAGUCAGGGGUGUGGGGUAUAGGAAUCGCAACGAGGAAUGCCAAUCUCAAUAAGGUGCCCCUAGGAGAGGACUCACAAUCAUGGGUCUUGUGUUCUGAUGGCUGUGUGCGACACAAUGGUGAGGAGAAGUACAAAAUUGCUGAUAUUCCUCAGGAAGGAGAUAUUCUGGUAAGUUUAAUUCAUCAGUGCAGCAUAGAGUUGUCAAUGGUUUGACUGUUUUGAUUGAUA